AUGAGACCAGCUCUAUCGAUAGCGUCGGGCUCAGAGUCACCCUCGUCAGUCCCCGUAACGACGGGAUCUAGGACACCUGGCAGUUGCCACGACGCCCGAACCGGCUCCCGAGGGAGCACAGUUGCAGCUGCCGAGGCGGAAGCGAUGGCUACGAUUGAAUUCUUUAGGGAAAGACUCCAGAGGCGCAUUGUUGUCCCAAAAAUCAUAGUGUUCGUCAUUCUACCAACUGGGAUGGAAGAUCCGCAGUCCGCCGUUGGUUUUUUGAAGAAACUCAAUCCGGCAGACAUCGCUGCAAUCUUCAUCACAUGCGGCGUGGAUGACUUGAAGGCAAAGCUGGAGAAGCUGGAGCAGGUUUCCUUCGACUGCAGCGUAGAAUAUUACGAAAGUGAAGCUCGGCGAUACAGAAAACAGACACAAGUGACUUUUAAGGGGGAUCGUUCACAAACCAGCGCUUUCCAUGUAUAUCAGACCAGGUGCCUAAUAAAGGCUGGAUACAUGUUGGAGUUCGCGCAGCAACCACAUGCCGCUAUGAAGAGUUAUAUAACUGCUUGGCAGUUUCUCACCAGUUACUCGCAAAUGGCUCCUGCACUGGAACGGAUGACGGUGUGCAAUUUGAUCAGCGUACGCAUGUACCCGAUGUACUUCAAAGCAAAAGAGCCAUCCAAGGCAGCACACCACGCCCGCGAGCACCGCGCGGUUCUACGAGAAAAUAUUCCAGAGUCCCCGCUGCAGGGCUAUUUACUCCCACUUUGGCUAGCCCAGUUGCAUCAGUUGCUUGCUCAGUUGUGCGAAGAUGCCAUGCACACGAACCCAUCGUCGCUCGAUACCCAUGACGUGUGGCAACUAGCCGGUUUCCACUAUCAAGCGGCAGCCAGGUACCUUCAGCACGUCAGAGCUUGGAUAAGAACGGCAAAGGAAAUCCAUCCCCCACCCUCCAUGAAAGGUGGGCUUGGGGUGCCAUCUGAGUGGCUUGGGCAGCCGGAUACCCUCCAGCAUGGAACGGGAGCCUUCGCAACAGCAAACUCGCAAGAUCCUGACGCGGCUUCUGCUGCUGCACAAGAAGAAGUAUUCCUUCGCUUUAUAUUUUUCUUCAACGAGGCGCAAGUGCUUACUCAUGCGACACACUUGCUCUCCAAAGCCCAUAUUGCAUAUAAGGUUGGUUUUGUUGGUUGCCCUACAGUGCAAAAUGCUGCACGCGCAAAUGCUAUCGGCGAAAAACAUCUUUUUGUUCACUUUGAACUAAGAGUUGAGCACAGGGUACCAUGUGUUACGCAGCUUGUUGGAGGCUACCGAAAUUGCCCGAUUUUGGCAUGCGAGCUCGCCGACGCCAUGUUUGACGGCCAUCGAAUGGUGACGGCGCGCCAGCUAUACUUCACGUUGGCCACGGCUUUCGCAUCGUACAAAUCCGGUCACCAAAAGUCGUGGCAGCUUGAAGUAGUGCCAGCACUGUGCCACACUGCAAGCCCUGUGACAUCACACCAGGCCGCUGAUCUCCAGGGCCAGGAAAAGCUUAGGAAUGAGGAGGUUGUUACCUUGCCAGAGACGACAGAUAUUAGCACUGGAAACUCUGAGCUUUCCUCAGCUCCUCAAGACACUGCAUCUGUACGGCAAUCCGAGAAUUUGAGCCGAACUGUCGCUGACGAGCCGCUUCUACCUGCUGGCAGUCGCCUGCGGCUUUCUGGGACUGGGAAUUGCACAGGGUGGUGGCCUUUGUAUCGCUACGUGUUGGCGAGGCUCAUUCUGUGCACUUCUCACCUGUUGUCAAUACCUCCGCCUGAAUUUUUGUACAAGAUUGCUCGUGUUGACGCGCGGUUCAGCUCGGCGGUUGGAGAUUCAGGCCAGCCCCUACCAGGUUCUGGGAAUGUGCAACAACCUUCAGCCGCAACUAGUUCAGCUGGCUCUCUUGCAACAUCUGCGGCGGCAACUGCUGGAGGGUUUCAGGCAAACGCUGAGAAUUGCCAAAUAGCGCUGAAGGCCUCAUUCGAGAUUCUGAACAUUCUUGCGCUACGGGAGGAUAUCGAGGAUCGUGACGCCUCAGAGCGGAAGCAGAUGUACCGAUAUGUAGAGAUGCUCUUGCCUUUGGUGAGAGCCUUUAAACAAUCAUGUGGCGCCAGCCAAUGGGUAUUCCAUUUGGAUUUGCACGCUGUCGUGGUAUGGACAGACUUCCUGUCUGAGUUGCAUCGUGAGCAGAUGUUUUCAGACAGUGGCUUGUUUGUGAAGCAAAGGGUUUCCUUGCCUCAUGCAGGCUCUGAACCGGCCCCUGUGUGGGAAGGCGUGAAGAUUGGCAGAGUCUGCUUUCAGCACCGGUUGGGGUUCGAUAUCUCUGCCUUUACCUCCGCCGAGCUCAUAACAAGCACGGGGAAGAAGGCAAAGUGUCUCUUGGUUGCCUCGAAAGAUGUCCAGCAGAUUGCUGCCGAAGAGAAAAAAGAUGUUACCUGCCCAAUGGAGUGUGAAUCUGUCACGCUACCUCAUGAAGGGCUCUGCUACUGCGACUUGUAUCUGGCCCCCCAGGAACUGAGAGACGUCAGUGGGUCAACGGAGUCCUUCAAGCUCCAAACGAUUGAAAACUACCCUUCAAAGUGUAUAUGCGUUGGCGAGCUUGCACCAUACACAGUGAGGCUGAUUAUUAAGCAGGACUGGGAGGAGUGCAAAUUUAGUAUUGGUUUGCAGUGUACGGCACAAGAAUCUGGGAGCGAGAAUGACCGUGCACUUGACACUUCUGUACUUCUGGAGGACGAAUUUGAGUCGUAUCUUGUGGAAAUGAGCGAAGAGAGAGAAGUUGAUGAUGAAGAAAGGGAGUUGAGCGGUGGGCAGGAAGGAGUAGCUUCUCCGUGGGUAUUCGAUCCCCGGGAAUAUCGGCGCAAGCUUUCUGUUGCCGAGUGGAGAGCGCUUGUAGGAGAGGAAGGGCAUGACGCUGAUGGUGAUGACAAACUUACUGCGUCCGAGGAAACCAAAAUUAUCUGCAUACCCAUGUUCAUCCGUUUGCGCCGCUCAGGCUGUUUUGAUAUUCGCGUCACUGUUGAUGUGAACCUUGAUGACAUUAUCCAAAGCGACACCCGUGGAGCAUCAACUGUCGUUGAUUACUCCAGAGCUGCCGUGUACUUUGCUGCCGGGAGAGUCUUGGCACGCCUUCCAGCAGUGGAAAAGCCGUUGUGGGGGCAGCGCCUGCGGAUUAGCCUCGCUCAUCCAGUGACCUCUGCAGUCGGUGCACCGUUCGGACUUUCGGCUGCCCUUGAAAACCUGACCCGGGAGGCGAUGGAACUGGUCGUACGUCUGUCGUACAAUCGUGGAGAACGCAUGGGCGUGGAGAAGUCAUCUGACCUCAGUUCAUUGGCGAUUCCGUCGGACUGUCCAUUUAUGAUCAGUGGGCAAAUUAUGGCGCAGGUCGUCAUCCUUCCACUUAGCACAAGGUCUCUUUAUUGGACCCUGGUUGCCUCUAGGCCAGGAUCUUUCAGGUUACCAACCGUUGUGGUUGAGGGUACGUCGAAGUUAGUAGGGCUGGGGUUGCAGAAGGGACCACCUCUCGCCACCGUUUUCCACCUUUCGCUGCGUCGUCUGGUCUUGAGAGCACUAGUGUAUUUUCGGCAGCCCCAAGUUUGCGUUUCGCUGCCGUAA